CCUCUUCCAGCCAACAUGACACGUGACGACCACAGUGGCAGGCGCCUUGCGCGGGCGGAGGCACUGGCCCGCCACUAUGGGUCCAAACCCGGAAUCUUCUAUGUGGACGCCUCCGGCCCUCACCAUGGGGGGAGGUACACGGCUGCAGUCGUCCACCAAAACGUCCUGGUGAACGGCCUUACGUUCAGAGCUAAAGACAUAACACAUGCGGAGGAGAUCGCCAUCGCUCUAGCCGCCGCAGACCAGGACUCGAGAGUCAUCAUCACCGACUCGAGAGGGGCCUGCAGAAAUAUUGAACAGGGGUACAUUCCUCUCUUUGCGUAUCGCAUCCUUAAAGAUAGUGACUACCUCGGGGCCCCCGCGUCUCGAACGAUCGUCUGGGCUCCUGCUCACAUGGGCCUCGAAGGCAACGAAACGGCAGACGCCGCCGCCCGCGCGCUCACUCUCCGGGCAACGCCUUCAGACCCUUCUGAAAUGGAUCCCGAACCCGAUCCAGCCCUCACUUUUCGAGAAAUUACUCAAUUAUACCGAUUCGGCCACGCAAUUUAUCCUAAGCCCUGUAAGGGCCUUACAAAGGCGGAGGAACGCACACUCCUCCGUCUCUACACCAAAACCCUGCUGUGCCCGGCAGUUUUAAAACACUUUGAUCCUGCUUAUACAGGAAAAUGCCCGCACUGUGCGGAGAAGUCUUCGGACAUCUUCCACAUGGUGUGGGCAUGCCAAUCAACCCCGAACCUCGUCCCAAAACCCAACCCCACCCGGGAGGACUGGGAGGCAGCCCUGCUCGACUGCUCCGACCUGGAGGGCCAGGAGGCCCUGGUUGACCGAGCCCGAACCGCGGCAGUCGCCAAUGGGCUCCUGUACUGAGGAGUCCACCUAGUGCUUGUGAGAGAUGGCCCCCUCCGGGCCACCUCAAACUACCUCCCUCAUGAUAUACCUUUAAUAAAGUUUUUCAU